AUGCAAGGCCUGCUGCCCCUCCUCUGCCGGCGUCUUCAGAGAGCCCUGGCUGCGGGAGCUCCGGGGAGGGUCAGGCUUUGCCACGAGGCUCCGGCUCCGGCUCCGGCAGCUUCCGGAGGGAGCAAAGGCAGCGCCCAGCUAGGUGUACAACCUACCUUUGGCAUUCUGUUUGAUAUCGAUGGAGUAUUGGUACGAGGAAAGACCCCAAUUCCUGCUGCCCGAAAAGCCUUUCAAAAACUACUUAAUUCUCAGGGACAACUUUUGGUGCCUGUAGUAUUUGUUACUAAUGCAGGAAACUGCCUUUGUCAGAAGAAAGCAGACCAGCUGUCCCAUCUUCUUGAAGUUCCAAUUUCCAAAGACCAAGUUAUGAUGUCCCACAGUCCUUUGCAAAUGUUCAAACGUUACCAUGACAAAUGUGUUCUUGUAUCAGGACAAGGCCCACUCCUUGACAUCGCUGAGCAUCUUGGAUUUUGUCGGCCUAUUACAAUUGACAGGUUGCGAGAAACUUAUCCCUUAUUGGACAUGGUAGAUCAUGACAGAAAACCUAAAGUUUUGCACUUACCCACAAUGGAAUUUCCCAAAAUUGAAGCAGUUAUUUUGUUUGGUGAGCCAGUGAGGUGGGAAACCAACUUACAGUUGAUAAUAGAUGUUCUUUUGACAAGUGGCUAUCCUGGAAAUCCUUAUCAGAGAACUUAUCCACAUAUUCCUGUAUUGGCUUGUAAUAUGGAUUUGAUGUGGGCAGCUGAAGCUCAAUCCCCAAGAUUUGGGCAUGGAACAUUUAUGGUUUGUUUGGAAAAUAUUUAUAAGAAAAUCACUGGAAAAGAAUUGAAAUAUGAAGUAUUGAUGGGAAAGCCUAGUGAAGUGACUUACCACUAUGCAGAGUACCUCAUUAGGACUCAAGCAUCUGCAAAGCAGUGGAAGAGCCCUAUUGAAACAUUGUAUGCCAUUGGGGAUAACCUGAUGACAGAUAUUUAUGGUGCUAAUCUUUACAACCGCUACCUUGAAGAGAGGAUCUCUAGAAGAAGUUCUAAGACUCAUGUCCAGGCCAAAGCCCUGGGGGGCACGAGGUCUGCCACAGUUUCUCAGGAAGAGGAGAUUGAGAAUUCUUGGGAAAAUGAACUUGCAUCAGCUACUGCCACAAGAUGUAGCUCGGUUCUUGUUUGCACCGGAGUUUACAACCCUCACACAGAGGUGCCUUCUGAUACAAGGGUUACUGAGACUGUCUUCCACGGGCACAGAGAUUUCAGAUUUGAUCCUGCUUUAGUAGAACCAAACCACACAGUGUUAGAUGUUGAAGCUGCUGUUGAUCUCAUCUUCCAACUGGAAAACUUUGCACCACAUGAAAACUGCAGGACUUCCUAAUGACUUUGGGAUACUGUUAGGUUCCUUUUCCUUCUGAAAAAUCUAGAGGGUUGCUUAAUAUCAAACAGUCUCUAACAUACUAAUGUUUUUAUAAGUAAUGUUUCUACUACAAUUCUAAAAAAACAGGACACUACAUCCCAUAUAUCUCCUUUCUGUACCCUGAUUUAUUUUAGUGACCAACACUGUUGUGAAUUGUACUUUUCCAUGAAUUGUCUUCUGCAUACUGACUUCAUUCCUAGUUCAGAGAUCCCAGUUUCCAGAUUUGAUCAUUGAUGUCAAAACAUUACGUGUGUUUGGCAGUCAAAAUUGUAAAACAACACACUAUUAAACUCCAUACAUUGCACUGAAUGUAUCCUCUUCCAAGGAAUUAAAAUGUGCCUAUCUGUACUAUCUAACUUUUUUCUUUAUUCCAUCUCCUUCCCUUGGAUCAAUGCUCUGGGUGAACCGCAAAAGCUGCAUGUUGAUGCUUUUCUUGUAUAUUCGGUUUGAGAUUGAAGGACAGAAUUCAUAAGUGAACAGAAAGGUUUUGCCAAGGCAGGUAUACACAUAAUCCAUUAAAAUGAAUGGGGUUUGCAGGACAGCAUAUAGAGUUUUGCUCAAAUCCCACUUUGAAUAAGCUUCCUAAAGUUGUUUACUGUCAGACUUUGCCCUUUGGGUUUUAUUAUUAACCAUUCUGGUGUUUUUGCUGCACUGAACAGCAGAAUUUAGCAGUUCCUUGAUCUUUUAGUUUUAACUUGAGACUCCACAAAGGCAAUCAGGUACUGAUAAGAUAAUGUUUUCUCUUCCUUCUGCUACUAAACGUUACAUUUUUAAUUUUUAAGGACGAUGUAUCUCAUAAAUGUAAACUGUAAAUUGUAUGUCCUAUUCUAUGAAACUUUGUUAACUGCAGCAGUCUGUCCACUAAAAUAUGUUCUAUUUUAAAAAGCACAUUUUUUUAUUCAGUGUUCUCAUCCCCCUUUAAAGUUUUUUUAGUUGGCAGCUAUCAUCAUAUAGUAGAAAAACCAUUAUCUAUAAUUUCUUCAUUUUGUUCUUGAGACAAUUAAAGUUUCCUUACCCUGUUUACUUUUGCUAUGAAUCUGCGUCAAGGAACUUUAUCAAAC